CCUGCGCGGGAGCGGAAAACGUGCAUCCGAGUGUGCGGAAAAGGAAAAGAGCAGGUUGUUUUCUUAUUAACAAUUCUGAUAUACUAUCGAUUUUUCGAACCGCAGCAAAUAGCCUGCUUCCCCGCGGAAGUCUCUAAACGCUAGAGCUUGGUGAUACGUCCAACAUGACUCGCGAUUGGAAACCUGGCGAUCUGAUUUUUGCCAAGAUGAAGGGUUAUCCACACUGGCCUGCAAGAAUCGAUGAAGUACCCGAUGGUGCAGUGAAGCCAUCCAACGUCAAGUUUCCUAUUUUCUUCUUUGGCACCCAUGAAACUGCAUUUCUUGGCCCCAAAGACAUUUUUCCAUACCUCCCUAACAAAGAGAAGUAUGCCAAGCCUAACAAGAGAAAAGGAUUCAAUGAAGGAUUGUGGGAGAUUGAGAACAACCCAAAAGUGGAGCUUACUGCACCCAAGCCGGUUCCCCCUCAGUCUUUUGGUGAGAAGGAUUCAGACAGCAGUCCAGAAGGAGAAGAGGAUGCAGAUGACAAGGUGAUCAAAGCCAAAGUUCCAGGAAGUGAGGCUGAGCAGGAGAAUGAGAAUGAGGAGGAGGAGGAGGAGGAGGAGGAGGAAGGGUCUCUGAUCUCUGAGCAGGGUCAUCAGGACCAGGAUGACUCUGCUCAGAAAGAAUCACCAGAUGUACCUAAACCCAAGCGAGGAAGAAAGAAAAAGAGUGAUGCUGACCAGGAGAAUGACAAAGAUGAUGUACCAGCAAGUCCUGUUAGUCCCACCGGUGGAGAAGGCCCUAAACGAAGAGGCAGGAAGCCCAAGAGUGAGAAGUUGCUUUUGCUUCAGCAGCAGGAACAGCAAGGCUCCGGCAGUGAAAUGGAGAUUGGAGAGUCAGACAAAAAGCGAAAGAGGACAACAGAGGACAAGACCCAAAGUGGAGAGGAAGAGAAGAGGAGGAAGAAGGAAGGAAAGGACACAGAAGUAAAGGAGCCUGAAGCUAAGAAGAAGAAGUCCAAGGAUGACAGUUCCUCUGGCUCUGACGAUGAAGAGAAAAAUAAAGGCAGAAAGAAACAGCAAAAUGCAGAUGUGGACAAAGAUGUGCGGCGGCGGAAAGCUGAUGAAUUGAGAGAACCAGGUAGAGAUGAAGAGAAGAAAAAUGAAGAGAGGACAGGAGCCAAGAAAAAAGAAAUGUCAACUGACUUGAAACUGCAGAGACUGCACAGUGACAUCAAAAUUUCACUGAAAAUUGACAACCCUGAUGUGAAGAAGUGUCUGGAUGCAUUAGAUGAGAUUGGUGCCCUUCAGGUCACAACCCAGCAUCUGCAGAAACACAGCGAACUCAUCGCCACGCUCAAAAAGAUUCGCAGAUUCAAAGCAAGCCAGGAUAUCAUGGACAAGGCCACCAUGUUGUACAAUAAGUUUAAGAGCAUGUUUCUGGUUGGAGAGGGUGACUGUGUGCUCAGCCAGGUGCUGAACAAAUCUUUAGCUGAACAACGGCAGCACGAAGAAGCAAAGAAAGGAGCGCUGAAGAGGGUUGAACAAGCCAAAGAAAAUAAUUCGGACAAAGUGACAAAUGGUGAUGUCGGCCCCGACGAGAAGAAGCAGGAGAUGGAGAGAGAGAGGCUUCCCGAAGAUGCUUCAGCAGGAGAGAAUCAAAGUGCCCCGAAAACUCAGGAGGAGUCCACUUGAGUGUCUUGCAGGCCUGAAGAAGGGAGAUUUGCUGCUGUAAAACUGGGCUGAUCACGUGAGAUCUCGUGCCCAGUUUGUGACUGAUGACAACCACUGGUUACCAGUUUAAUUGAUUUGUUGUUUUUUUUCUGCAUUGCUGCUGCUGAAAGCUUUCAUCAGCCCAACUCCAGGAUCGCGACUGAGUGCAUAUAUUUUAUUUUUAUGCUGUCUGUAAUCUUUAACUUCUAGACACCUUCUGCUUAGAUGCAUCUGUUUGAGUAGUGACACGACUUGUAAAUCUGCAACCUUGAGUUUGUCAAACUUUAACGAGGAUGGGAGAGAGUUAGUGUGGGAACCAUCUGGUGGGAGGUGGGGGGGGUGGUUCAGCUGGUGGAGAUGGUUUUGAUUGUUGGAGCAUUUACUGAUUCGACAGGUGGAUCUUAGCCUCAAUUAUGGGAAAUACAGACGAUUAUCUGUAGGUAGAAGCACCUUGAAAAUGUCUAAUAGCAGUAGAUGUGUUAACUCUGUAAAGCGUGUUUCAUACAUGUCCACUUCAGAUGCACGAAAACAUAAUUGUGGAGAUUGCCAAAGUUUCUAGCCAAGAAAAUGCUUUAAUUUCUAGUCAGUGCCUGUUUUAGGUUUUUCUUUUUUUGUUUUUUACAUAGAUGUAAAUAAGAGUAUUUUUGUGCCUGUCUGAUGACCUGUUUCAGCAUCCAAUAACAAAGUGGUAGCUGUAGUACAACUGUAGUUUUUAAAGCUGAUAGCACAGAUAUUGUGUGAUAAUAUUAAACAAAGAUUAGUCCACUUUCUGUCAUCUGGAUUUUUCUUAGAUUUUUUUUUUUUUGCCUGUUUAACCAUAGCGGUUAUUGUUGUUCUGUUGCUGCCAUUAAAAAAAGAAAAAUCAAAUAAACAUGUUGAA